GCCGAUUCCGUUCUUAAUUGAAAGCGAGCGAUGGGAAUCCGUGGAUGAGAUUGUAGUGCUCCAAAAUGAAUGCGCCACCAACUUUCGAAUCGUUUUUGUUGUUUGAUGGAGAAAAGAAAAUUACCAUAGAAAAAGACACCAAGGUUCCUAAUGCAGCAAUUUUUACAGUAAAUAAGGAAGACCAUACUUUGGGCAACAUGAUAAAUACCCAGCUGUUGAAAGAUCCACAAGUGCUGUUUGCUGGGUACAAGGUUCCACAUCCUCUGGAGCACAAGUUUGUGCUGAGAAUACAAACAACGCCAGACUACAGUCCUCAAGAAGCGUUUACGAACGCCAUCACAGAUCUUAUCAGUGAAGUGUCCUUGCUGGAAGAAAGAUUAAAGGAAUGUGUGAAAGAAAAACAGGAAGGAGAAAUAUGAAGACACCCAUUCCAUGUUGAUAUGUAUAUAUUAACAUUCUGUGACUGGAUCAUUGUAUACUAGCAGGCAUCGAAAUGAGCAUGGUCCUUGGUAACCCAUGUACAGCUUAACGAUACCAAACAUUACGGAGUUGUUAACCUUUAGGGUACGACACAUUUAUGAAUUUUACAAUUUCCUUUAUAAGAUCAUUCCUUCACAAACACAUACGUUGUUAUUCAUUCAUGUCACUGUUCUCAUUGUACUGAUACUUGUGUUUAAGUAUUAUUUAAACAGCACACAAUUGAUCAAAAUUCAGGUGGUGAUAUUUUUUGUUCAAAAUUAUUUGUAUCGAAGUAGUGCUCGAGUUACUUGACAUGCUGUAACCUCCUGGUAACCAGAAUGAUCAUUCUUGACAUAUUCCGAUGCCUGCUUAGUACGAGCUUUGAAGAACUACAGUCUCCUGUACUUGAUUGGGUGUUUACAUUAAUUAAAACUUGUCUUUUGGAAUAUUUGUCAGACAGAAUAAUGUGCAAGUGACAAACUAAUUCAGUUAAGUGAACAGGUUACAGUGAGAAGAAAAAAAUGAUGGUAACUAUUUGAAGUAAUCAUAUUGGCACGGAUUUAUGAAGCCUGUUUUUCUUACACGCAUGUGUUUAAGCAUUGAAAAUACCUGUAGUUACAGGUGUUAAAUAAAACAAACGGGCUUUGUAAAUAUUGUGAAUAUACGGUGCUGUUAUUCAGUGUAGUUUAUAUGCUUUUGUGUCUACUAUUGUACUACAUCAUUCAUAAAUAUUUAUCUUUGAGAUGAGUUAACAUUUUUAUGUUGGAGUAAAGUUUCUCAUGAAAAUGUUAGCUUGUUAUUCUAUUAAUCGGUAACAUACUUUCAUCAACCUAUUGGACAACACUGGUGUCUAAAGCCGAGACUACAUCAGAUGACACAGCUCAACUGGACGGUAACGUAGUGAGCUACGACACAUUCACAGUAUAUGACGGCCAUCGUCUGCAUCAUGUUUGGUCAUGUCAAAUACUGUCCGGCUGACUAAAAAUUAUUCACAGACAACUGCUUUUUCAAAACAACUUCACGGUAGAGUUGUGUCGAUUGGAAUAAUGCGAUCUAGACUUAAAAUAUUUCCACAUCUUUUCUGUGACAGCAAUUUGUUUUUACAGAGAAUGAUCACCGAUUGUGGGACAACCAAUAUUAUCAGUUUGAGUGAAAGGUUUCAUAUGAGUAGUAAUUAACGUGGACUUUAGAAUAUGACAGUCUAUAAUACUUAUUCAAGGAUCAUGUGAAAUCAAGGACUACUUUUUUUUCCUUUCUUUUUUUGUUUUUAAUGUAGCGGCAUGGUUGGCUACAUUAUUGUUCAUAUUAGGUACAAAUGUAAACUUGUUUUUAUUGUCAAAUAAACUUCUGUUUUUAUUGUCAAAUAAACUUCUGUUUUUUUA